UCCUGUGACGACAUCACCGGCCCCUUAGCAAGUCAACUGCUGAGAGCUCGGCUCACACACACACACAGAGACAUCGUCACUCACGCGCACACACACAGUCACAAAUAAGCCUACGCACACAGCCCGCUACACUAUUCGUUGCUGCUGUAAAUCAUGGAGGCUGCCUCCAUGUUAAACAGUUCGCCUAGAGACGAGUAGCUAACGCGCAGUGAGAGAGCUAACGUAAGCUUAGCGACCAACUGUCAGUCAACCAUGGAGGAUAUCUCAGCCGAGACCGACCCCUAUCUCCCUUACGACGGGGGAGGGGAUACCAUUCCCCUGCAGGAGCUGCCUAAAAGAGGAAUGCUUAGCUGGGCUGGAUGAAGCAGUGACCGAGGAGUAGCAAUGUGUGCCACUGCCUCCACCUUUUAGUCUGUUGACUUUAAAUGUUUGUGUGUUCAAGAGAGAGACACGUGUUUGUUGUGUGUGGGAACACCUCUAUAGCAGCCUCCAGAUGUUGGUCUCAGUGUGGUGCUGAUCCAUUUAACAUAAAACAGUGUUUGAAUACUUUUUUAUUUUUUUAUUUUAUUUUUAUGAAUUACUAACAGCACCUGAUUUUAAACACAUUUUGUCAAGGGAUCAGUGGAAAAAGUUUGCGUGUUUAAUACAAUACAAUGUAUUGUUGAUAUACAGUUGAUGUUCUUAACCCAAGGCUUUAUGGGCCUGGGAGGCUACCAGGGAUAUAGGUAUCCACAGUAGGCUUACUCCAACAAUUAUACAUUUUUCAUCGCAAUACAUAGUGUAAUCCCAUUUUAUUGUUAUUAAACUGCAAAGUUUUCUCUGUAAAUUGUCAGGAUAAUUAGCUUGAAAAAUGAAAGAUUCUCUACGAUGCCUAAAUGUUCCUUCCCAGGGCCCGAGACUUGGUUCAUCCAGCCAUGCACUGCACAAGUCCUGGUAAAACUCUGUAUGCUAUUUUGAUAUCACUUGAGUUGUGUUCUGAUUAUGAGGGAGUCCCCGAUUUACAUUUAGUAUAAAAAAAAAAAGAGGUUCCGGAGAACAAAACACUAACUCACACUAACACUAACUCACACUAACACUAACUCACACUAACACUAACUCACACUAACACUAACUCACACUAACACUAACUCACACUAACACUAACUCACACUAACAUCUAUAAAGUAUCUGCUAUCCUCCUUAUUACCUGAACAAAACCUUUACAUUCUCAACAUGAUUCAAUGUUGUGUGGAUAUAUCCUUUUUUUCACAGUUAACUAAUAUAUUGUGCUAUCUUCCCUUAGGCCUUAGCCGUUAAUGGCCCACCGCUUAAUAAUAUCCUUGCCUUCAAUAUAGUGCUGAGCAAUUAGUGCUUUUUGAGGUUGUUUCAGUGUGAUUCUAAAUAAAUAAUCACUUACAUUUAUCUUUUAAAUAAACUGUGCAUUAUGUGGGUUGAAUGCUAUGUAAGCGCAGAAUAAAACCAUUAAUUCAAAAAUUGUAGUGGCUGCCCAUUACUGCUUUAACAUAAUUUAUUCACAUUACUUUAAUACAAUAUGUGUUUACUUUGAUGACUUGAUUUCAUUCCAAGUCAUCAUCUCAUCUCUAUAGAGCUGUUGCCUGUGCUGUCUGACAAAAUCACUAUUUCAGUAGUUCUUCAAAGUAAAUAAGGCAUACUAUUAUGACUGCUGAAUACCAACUAUCAAUCACUUAGAUCAUGUAUUUUCAGAUGACAAUACCUCUCGAAGCAGCUGCUUUCUAUCCCUCUAGAUUGAGAGAAGAAACACACAGUGUCUGUGUCUGCUCCACACCCAUUCUUAUUAUAGCUCAGUGCUCCACACAGACCGGACAAGUAUGCGGGCGCACAAUGGGUUGUGGUAAUUGUAGUUGCCACGUUUUCUGCGCUAAACUAUCGAGAAUAUUGGCCUGUUGGCAACUACAGCUCUCUACUACAUCGCACAGUUCAGGCUUGAUCUGAUUUAUCUCUACAGAAACUGCAUUGAGCUCACAGCAACAAAAAAAAGGAACGAAAUGGAAUUCAAAUACUUUACCCAAAGUUGGUCAAUUAGUUGUUUACAAAACUAAAAAUAACCUACAUUUCGAUUAAUUGCUCAACUUAAACUUAACCUACCACAUCACUGAUUAUCUCAAAAGAGAGAAACUACUUAACAGAUAAUGGUUUGUGUUGGUGUAGUCCUUGUUCAUUACUUUCCCUUGCUGAAUGAAAUACACUGGCAAAGGAUUCUCUCUCUCAUUCCCCCUCUCUCGCUCCCUCAUUUUUUUCUUCUCUCUAGUCUGUUAUGAGGUAGGCCUUUCGUUCGCGUUUCCUUACUAGCCUCGUGCAGUCCAGGGUUAGUUGCAGCCUGCUGUUCUCCAACCCCAGUCAGUCCAGCUGCUGAGCUGAGCCUCCUUGAUCUGCUUUGCUGGAGUAAUGCUGGAGUAGCCUGAUGCUGGAGUAGCCUGAUGCUGGAGUAAUGCUGGAGUAGCCUGAUGCUGGAGUAAUGCUGGAGUAGCCUGAUGCUGCAGUAGACAGGUACUGGAGUAGUGGUGGAGUAUACUGAUGCUGGAGUAAUCUGAAACUGGAGUAGUGCCUAUGUGCACUAAACCCUGACACUGAAUGGUCUCACUUUAGGCAUGUAACUGAACACACAAAGUGUGUGUGUGUGUGUGUUCUGACCUCAUUGAUCAGUGUUGCUGUUGUGGUUGAAAUCAGUCCCUUGUAGGAUUCUGUUUCCAUCAUUCAGCUGGAUGCUGUGUGUUAGCCUACACAGGUCGGUGAAAUCAAAACAUGAGGUUCCUGCUGCACUGCAGGACCAGGACCAAAUCUCCCCCCUGUGGAUUUCACUCACAAAUCAGGAUCUAACUACGUCAUGUCUAACGGGGGAGGGGUGCUGAGCAGCACCAACCACCUGCUGGACUUCCUGGAGGAGCCCAUUCCGGGGGUUGGCACCUACGACGACUUCCACACCAUCGACUGGGUCCGGGAGAAGUGCAAGGACCGGGAACGCCACCGCAAGAUCAACGCUAAGAAGAAGGAGUCUGCGUGGGAGUUCACCAAGAGCCUGUAUGAUGCCUGGUCUGGAUGGCUGGUAGUGACGCUGACAGGACUGGCCUCAGGUGCCCUGGCGGGUCUGAUCGACAUCUCUGCUGAUUGGCUGAACGACAUCAAGGAGGGGGUGUGUCUGAAUGCCAUGUGGUUUAAUCACGAGCAGUGCUGCUGGGGCUCCAACGAGACCACUUUCGCUGAGAGGGACAAGUGUCCUCAGUGGAAGAGCUGGGCGGGGCUCAUCCUGGGCCAGGAAGAGGGUCCUGGUUCCUACAUCAUGAACUACUUCAUGUACAUCUACUGGGCUUUGUCCUUUGCCUUGCUGGCUGUGUUACUGGUUAAGGUGUUCGCCCCCUACGCCUGUGGCUCAGGCAUACCUGAGAUAAAGACCAUCCUGAGUGGGUUCAUCAUCCGGGGUUACCUGGGGAAGUGGACCCUGCUGAUCAAGACGGUGACCCUGGUGCUGGCUGUAGCGUCUGGGCUGAGCCUGGGGAAAGAGGGACCCCUGGUCCAUGUGGCCUGCUGCUGUGGAAACAUUUUCUCAUACCUCUUCCCCAAGUACAGCAAGAACGAGGCCAAGAAGAGAGAGGUCCUAUCUGCAGCAUCAGCGGCUGGGGUGUCUGUGGCUUUUGGUGCUCCCAUAGGAGGAGUACUCUUCAGCUUGGAGGAGGUGAGCUACUACUUCCCUCUGAAGACUCUGUGGCGCUCCUUCUUCGCUGCGCUAGUGGCAGCCUUCGUCCUCCGCUCCAUCAACCCGUUUGGCAACAGCCGUCUGGUCCUAUUCUAUGUGGAGUACCACACCCCCUGGUACCUGUUUGAGCUUAUCCCCUUCAUCCUGCUGGGGGUGUUUGGAGGCCUCUGGGGGGCCUUCUUCAUCAAGGCCAACAUCGCCUGGUGCCGAAGGAGGAAGUCCACCCGCUUCGGGAAAUACCCCGUCCUGGAGGUCAUCUUCGUGGCAGCCAUUACCGCCGUGGUGGCGUUCCCCAACCCCUACACGCGACAGAACACCAGCGAGCUGAUUAAAGAGUUGUUCACUGACUGUGGGCCGCUGGAGUCGUCCCAGCUGUGCCAGUACAGGAGUCAGAUGAAUGGGAGUAAGGCGUUUGUGGAUGCGUCGCCUAACAAGUCGGCGGGGCCCGGGGUGUACACAGCCAUGUGGCAGCUGUGCCUGGCGCUCGUCUUCAAGAUCAUCAUGACAAUAUUCACCUUCGGACUCAAGGUUCCGGCAGGCCUAUUCAUCCCCAGUAUGGCCAUCGGGGCGAUCGCCGGGCGGAUUGUUGGCAUCGCCGUGGAGCAGCUGGCGUACUACCACCAUGACUGGUUAGUGUUCAGGGAGUGGUGCGAGGUAGGCACCGACUGCAUCACCCCGGGACUCUAUGCCAUGGUGGGGGCCGCUGCAUGUCUGGGUGGUGUGACGAGGAUGACCGUGUCUCUCGUGGUUAUUGUGUUUGAGCUGACUGGCGGUCUGGAAUACAUUGUGCCCCUCAUGGCGGCCGUCAUGACCAGCAAGUGGGUGGGCGACGCCUUUGGGCGUGAGGGCAUCUACGAGUCACACAUCCGCCUCAACGGGUAUCCUUUCCUGGACGCCAAGUCAGAGUUCACACAUACCACACUGGCGCGGGAGGUGAUGCGCCCGCAGCGUAGUGAUCCGCCGUUAGCGGUGCUGACACAGGACGACCUGACGGUGGAGGAACUCCAGGUGAUCAUCAACGAGACCAGCUACAAUGGCUUCCCUGUCAUUGUCUCCAAGGAGUCACAGAGACUGGUGGGCUUCACCCUGCGCAGGGACAUCACCAUCGCUAUAGAAAACGCACGGCGAAAGCAGGAGGGUAUCCUGCUGACCUCGCGGGUCUACUUCACGCAGCACGCCCCCACCCUGCCCGCCGACAGCCCGCGGCCCCUCAAGCUGCGCUCCAUCUUGGACAUGAGCCCCUUCACCGUCACUGACCACACGCCCAUGGAGAUAGUGGUGGACAUCUUCCGCAAGCUGGGACUUCGCCAGUGUCUGGUGACACACAACGGGAUUGUAUUGGGCAUCAUCACUAAGAAGAAUAUAUUAGCGCAUCUGGAGGAGCUCAAGGAACACACGGAGCCCCUGGCGUCUCCUUGGUAUUAUCACAAAAAAAGAUAUCCUUCGUCAUAUGGCCCAGUUGACCAACCAAGACCCCGACAACAUAAUGUUCAACUAGUCACCUCCUUCCCAGGUCGUCACGAUGAUGAGGAGGAGGUGGUGCACCUACUGGAGGGUCGAGGCUCCUUUCUAUGACAAACAGCCCCCCCCCCCAUGGAACCCUGUCCCUAACCAUAGUGACUGAGAGCAUUAGUGACUAGGGACCCUCCCACAGAGCCCUAGUGGCCACAGGAAGGAUGAGACAGACAGAUUAAAGGGAUAUUAAAUGGCUGUUUUUGAAGGAUGUUCCGGCCACAAAGUCGCAGCUACUACGGACUGGGACAUAUAUACCCAAGGAACACCCUUUUAACACACACACAUACAGGAGCUCACACUCACUCAUACAAACACAGAUGCCAGACAAGAGCACACACUUGACCAAUUUGACCUACACACACACACGCACGCACACACACCCUUCAUGCUCCUCCACCCAUGUCCUAUUCCUAUUGGUUUAUACUAGCAGACAUUGCUGUGAGCCUGAUGCCUGGCUGCCAGGGUGAGACGUCAGAAUGAUCCUCUAGGACACAAGGAGGGACCUUCAGACACGCUGAUUGGCUGUCUGUCAGAUGCCCUGCCAGGCUCCGACCCCACUGUGUCCCUCCCUCACACCCCGUCCAUCCUCAAAAUAAUUGUUUACCUGGGAACUGUGUGUGAGAGCAAUCAAGAGUGCUUGUGUGUGUGUCACGAGCACCUCAACAUUCCAUUCAGGUUGUUAUAGUAACCCCCUAAAGACAACCCUUGAUAUUAGACUGGGCCUCGAUCCAAGGGAGAUUUGCUUUAAUGUGAGAGAGGGAGAGAGAGCUAGAGGGUUGUCAAGGAUACAAGCAGGAUGUACUGUAGUAGUUAGUUCAUGUCUGAGUGUAUGGAUGUGUGUUGUAGUUCAGUAUGUGAAAACAGAUGCAGUGUUGUACAGAAGAGUCUGAUACUCAUCAGUUACUCCCUGUUGAACUAAAGAACUGUGUGAGCAUGUCCCAUUGGGAUGGAGACCUAGCAACACUCCGACAGUGAAGGUGGGAAGAGUUUGUAGAAGAAAAUAUUAAAAGGUUGAGUUACUCUAACUGGAGAUACGUUUGUUUUUUUUACUAUUGCUACUACUUUUAGUAUUGAUAUCUACAUAAUCAAGUAACGAGACAAAGUCCAGACUGGAGAACUGCACUUUUUCUUUCCAAGUGAACAACAUAAAUGAUGAUGUCGAUGGUAAUACUGCACAGUAACCGUGUCUUGAAGAUUUUACUUUGCUUAAUUAAGCUGUUUCAUGGUGUGAGAAAUGUAUCUUUCAAGGCUCCUCUGCCCAGUUGUCAACAAGAACAAUUCAACAUACUUUUCUUUGCAUGUCAGUUUUAACCAAUAUAAACCAUUUUAAAUCGA